AUGCCAUUUCUUCCAAGUCCAAUACCUGCACCUAUCUUCGAUUCUGAUGAGUCCGACACAGGCAGCCAACAGUCAAAUGACAGUGGCAGUUAUUUAUCGUCGCAAUUCACUCAACACACUCGACUAUCAUUCUCCCCAAAAUUCAUUCUCAAUAAUCAACGUUUAUCCUUGCAUCUCGAUGAUUCAUUAAAUAGUCAAGACGAGUCCAUUAAUCUCGAAUCAACGUUGUCGGACUUUCCUCUUUCGACAAAUAAGAAACGUAAACGAAGCUAUGACAAGUCCAACGAUAUUCCACUUCAAACACCAAAUCAAUCGCCAUAUACUCGCCGCAAAAAUCUCGACUAUGUUCAAGAAACGACAUUUCAAUCACCAAAAAUUCAACGUCGCAGCCGUCACAACGAUGAAUCUCUUCAUCAACCAACAGCAACCAUUCCUGAUCUUAUUAAUAUGAAUCCAUUUGCUAAACAUCGCUAUAACACUCGUCUAGUUGCUAAACGUCAAUCGCUCCUUUCAUUGUCAAUUCAACGCUUCGAACAAGAAUUUCACCAUGAAUCAUUUCUUGGUUACGGAGAAUUUUCACACGUUUAUCUAUGCACAAAUCGACUCGACGGCUUAAACUACGCGAUUAAAUCAUCGAAACAGCCAAUUCUUGGUACCAGUUACGAACAAUUGGCUUGGCGAGAAAUUUGUGCUUACGCCAUGUUGACAACUCAUGAAAACUUAGUUCGGUAUUAUUCGGCAUGGAUUGAAUUAGACGGGAGAUUCUUUGUUCAAUUAGAAUACUGCAAUGGUGGUUCUCUGGAAGAUGUUAUCGAAAAACAUCAACAAACCAAAAGCAAUUUUAACGAAUCACAACUGAAGAUCAUACUCCAUCAAAUUAGCGAUGUCCUGACAUUUAUUCAUAGCAAAGAUUUAGCACAUCUGGAUAUCAAACCGGCAAAUAUUAUGAUAUGUCAGUAUUCGGAGGAUGACAUACGCUAUAAACUGACCGAUUUGGGACAUGUGAGUCAAAUCAGUUCGCAUUUAACAGAUGAAGAUGGUGAUAGUCGAUAUUUGGCACUGGAAAUUCUUCAAAAAUCUCGUACGAAAAAGAUCCAACUGGAUAAAUGUGACAUAUUCUCACUAGGUUUAACCUUAUAUGUCUGUGCGACGAAUGUAAAUUUACCACGACAAGGAAAUGAGUGGCAACAAGUUCGUUUGAAUAUUUCGCAAUAUUUACACCGAAUCAAUUACUGUUCGAAACAAUUUAAUGAUCUCUUAUUCGAUCGCAUGUGUAACAUUGAUCCGAAUCAACGUCCAUCAGCAUACGAAUUGUUACUCGAUUCGACAGUUCAUCCACCGGAGCCUACAGGUCGUGAAACUCUUCGGCAUAGUUUAAAACAAGAACGCGAGAAAAAUAUCGUAUUAAAUAGAAAGUUACUUGACCAUUACCUUUUAACAAAUGCAAUCGAUUUACAAAUUUUACCGACAGAUUUUAAUAAUAGUAAUUUUCCAUCUCAACAAGCUUUUCUUUCUCCAAAUCAAUCGCUUCUUGUUCCGCAACAACAAAAUAUGUCGACUCCGAAUGACCAUUCGCGCGUCUUAAUCAUCCAUUCACCCAAAACCCCGAUUUGCUGUGCGAAUCUCAAUCAAACCACCACAUCGCCCAGUUCACUUGCUUUGAAACAACAACUUAAACUAGCCGAUCAACGAACAAAUACGAAAAUGACAAUUUGUAAUCUCUGUCCGAUUAGUUUGAUAGCCAUUUUCGUGUUCAUCUAUAUUCUCGUGCAAUAUGUUCUUAAUGAAAAACAGAUCUAUAUGCUCAAGUACGGUCUGUAUACGGGUUUCGUCAUGCUGUUGUCCGUCAUUAUUAUCCCUGUGUUUCUGAUUCGGCCGCGCAAUGCGCUUAAUAUUCGUAUUGCUUCGUUGAUUCUCAAUCCUGUUUUCACUCUAUUUGGCACGAAGUAUCGAUUGGAGAACGCAACAGUUUUGGAUAAAGAAGGACCGUGUGUAAUUGUUGCUAAUCAUCAAUCUUCGAUAGAUUUCAUAGGUAUGAUGAGACUUUGGCCGGAGCAUAUACGUUAUUGUACAAUUCUGGCGAAAAAAGAGUUAUUCUAUGCAUUCCCGUUCGGUUUAACGGCAUGGUUAGCAGGUUUAGAAUAUGUGGAUCGGAAGAAUCGCGAACGAUCAAGUGAAACGAUGCGUCAUGUCACAAAAAAGGUCCAAGAGAAAUCAUUGCGGUUAUGGGUUUUUCCCGAAGGAACACGGAAUAUGACGGAGACGUUUCUCCCAUUCAAAUUCGGCGCUUUUCGUUUGGCUAUUGAUGCUCAAGUUCCAAUUGUUCCCGUCGUGUUUUCGUCAUAUAAAUCAAUCUACAAUGCUGACAAAACCAGUCAUAGUUAUUUCUGGCGUCCCGGAUGUGUUACGAUUAAAUGUCUCGAACCCAUCGAGACAAAAGGCAUGACUAUCGAAAAAGAUCUGGCGCGCUUAACCGAAAUGACACGACAACGAAUGAUAAAAGCAUAUCAAACCAUUAAAACGGUUACAAAUGACAAAAAAGACGAAUAA